AAACUUCUCCGCUGCUCCCAGAAAAAUUAAUAAUCUCUUCUCCGCGUCUCCGGAGCAGAAAGAAGGAGGGGAGCUCUCAAGAAUGGAGGACGGGAUUGGGUGGCUGGCGCAGACCAUCCUGGAAACCCUGUCCAUCCCGCAGCUGCAGGCGUGGAUUCGGCGGCAGGGGCUUGGCCAUGACAUCCAGCUGCUCGAGUCAGAGGUCGAGAUGGCCCACAUAGCGUACGAUGCUGUGGGGGAGAGGGCGACCGGGAACAAGCCGCUCGGCCGAUCCCUCGCCCGCCUCAAGGACCUGCUCUACGACGCCGAUGACUUGGUCGACGACCUCCAAUACUACCUUCUGCUUGAGACCUCGCCUGCCACUGCCACAGGUUCAUUAGUAAUCGGGUGCAAUUACACGCCCAUUCAAUCUACAAGCGCCGGCUCCCCUUCUACAGAUUCGUCAGAUAAUGCUGACAUGUUUGAGGCAGUGCAAGUCCAUGAGGAAUUGAGGGGAGAUAUUGGUAUACAAAGUAGGCAGGGUAGCAACAAUCCCUCUGUGGUAUGGGAACGCUUUCUGGUCUCGGAAGCAGAUGGAAACAAUAGGCCUCUGAAAGCCAAAUCUGUUCAUUGUGGACCCAAACAUGGGACAUCAGGUUUGAAACACCAUACCCAUAGUGUAGGUUGUACGAGUCAAAGAGAAGUAGCUGACCAGCAGCUAAACCCUUCAAGCAGUGCUGAUGUUAUAGAAAAUGGUGAAGAAUUUGCAAUUGGUGAUUCAGGCAGCACAAAAAGGAGGAGAACAGAUGAUGAGUCAACACACAGGACCAAAGCUAAAACACACCUUUGGAACAAGCUUGAAUCUUCGCAUAGGAUACAAGAAAUAACACGCUUGUUACAAGUCAUAUCUGAGGUUUUGAGUAAUGUUCCCAAGUUUCAUGGAACAGACUUUGUUGCAAGCUCAGAUGACUAUCGAAGUACAACACCAGAUCAACACCUAAGAACAUCAAGUGUUGUUCCAAGGAAAGUUUUUGGAAGAGUUAAAGAGAAGGACUACAUCAUAAAGUCCUUGACAGAAGACAAACCCGAUGGUUAUUUUCAUGUCCUUCCUAUUGUAGGCUCUGCAGGAGUUGGGAAGACUACUCUUGCUCAAUUUAUAUACAAUGAUGCAACCGUGGCAGAGCACUUUGACAAAAGGAUAUGGGUUUCGGUGUCUAAAAACUUUGAUGAAGUGAGACUCUCAAGGCAGAUCUUAGAUUGUGUCUCUCAGGAAACACAUGAAGGACUGUGCAGCUUUUCCAAACUUCAGGAGGUAUUAAAGAUGCAUAUCACAUCAAAGAGGAUUCUGCUUAUUUUUGAUGAUGUCUGGGAUGACUUCAACCUCUGCAGAUGGAACCAACUAUUAGCUUCUUUGCAGUCUAACACUAAGGGUACUGUGAUUCUUUUGACAACUCGAAAAUUGUCUGUUGCACAAACUGUUGGUACUGUUGAACCAUUCAAGUUGUGGGAUUUAGAAUAUGAGGAUUUUUGGUUAUUAUUUAAGUCAUGCGCAUUUGGUGACGAGGACUAUGAAGGGAAUAAAAGUCUAAGCAUCAUUGGAUUUCAAAUAGCAGAGAAGUUAAAGGGAAACCCAUUAGCAGCAGCAACAGUAGGGGGGCUAUUAAGAAGGAGCCUUACCAUUGAUCAUUGGAGUAAUAUUCUGAAGAACGAAGAUUGGAAAUCUCUGCAACUCAAUGGGGGCAUAAUGUCUGCUCUGAAGUUUACGUAUGAUCAGCUCCCCUACCAUGUACAACAAUGCUUCUCACUUUGUUCUAUAUUCCCUGAGAAAUAUCAGUUCCUUGGUGAGGAGUUGGUCCAAAUUUGGAUUUCACAGGGAUUUGUGAAGUGUGACCAUUCAAGUAAGAGACUUGAGGAGAAAGGAAUGGACUAUCUAGCUGAUCUUGUGAACUUAGGCUUCUUUCAGCAAGUUGAAAGAGAAGAGACAUAUCCAGGCAGUCAAACUUGCUACGUUAUUUGUGGCCUUAUGCAUGAUUUUGCAAGGGUGGUCUCAAGAGCUGAGUGUGCAACAAUGGAUAGCCUGCAGUGCUGUGAGAUGCUGCCAACCAUACGUCAUUUGUCAAUAGUAAGUGAUUUUGGAUAUAGCACAGAUCAGCAUGGAAACAUACGUCGCAAUAAGAAGUUUGAGAAAAAAAUUCUCACCGUGUGUACAUCACUGUGGAAAUUGAGGACAUUAGUAUUAAUUGGGCAGUAUGACUUGUUCUUCUUCAAAUCCUUUCAAGAUAUACUCCAAGAGGCACGUCAUUUGCGGCUCUUGCAAAUUUCUGUAGCAUCUGCUGGUUUGAAUCCUUUGCUGUGCAGUUUGGUAUAUCCCACCCAUCUUCGCUACCUAAGAGUCGACGCUCCUAACGGGCUUGGGUCUUUGCCUGGAAUUUUAAGCAAGUUUCGGCAUCUUCAAGUAUUACGUGUUGGCUCAUACACUAAUCCUACAAUACCUGUCGGUAUUGACCAUAUUGUUAGCCUGCGGCAUCUUGUUGCAGAAGAGGGAACAUACUCUUCCAUUGCUAACAUUGGUAACCUGACAUCUCUUCAGGAGCUACCCAAUUUUGUGAUUCAAAAUUCCAGUGGCUUUGACAUAACACAACUUCAGUCCAUGAAAGAGCUUGUACAACUUGGGGUAUAUCAACUUGAAAAUGUUAAAACUUGGGAGGAGGCUUAUGGAGCUGGACUAAAAGAGAAACAGCACUUGGAAGAGAUGCACUUAUCCUGGAAAGUUCCCUCGUCAGAUGAUGAAUAUGGUAGGGACAUGAGCUCUGAUAAGGAUUGGGUGUCAGCAGAUGUUCUCGAGGGCCUUGAACCACACAAUAACCUAAAGCAUCUGCGGAUAUCUGGGUACAAUGGGCAUCUCUCCCCGACUUGGCUUGCAAACAGUAGCUCGGUUACCUGUUUGCAGACUCUUCAUAUAGAGGGUUGUGGAAACUUGGACAUACUUCCAUCUUUUGAACAACUCCCUUCUCUUAGAAAUUUGAAGUUGAUGGAAAUGCCAAGUAUGACAGAAGUAUCAAUUCCUUCAUUGGAAGAACUGGUAUUAAUUCAAAUGCCAAAGUUGGAGCGGAUUUCCUCCAUUUCCACCAGGGACUUGAACUCAAAUUUAAGGGUUCUGAAGAUUCAGAGGUGUCCUGCAAUAAAGAUCUUUCCUCUAUUUGAGAGCUCCCAGGAAUUUAAAAUCGAGCAGAUGUCAUGGUUGCCCAGUCUGAGGGAACUCAUUAUCCAUGGAUGUCCUAAUUUACUUGUACCACAUCCCCUUCCCCCAUCACCUACCAUUUCCAAACUAUCCAUCGUCGACGUUCCAACACUCCCAAGGAUAGAGGGAUCAUCUGGUGACACAUUAACAAUUGGAUCUGGAAGUGAGGGCAAUGAUAACUUUGAUCCUUCUUCGGUUAUGAUGACUAUACUGGAUUGCAAAAUUUUGGCAUUCCACAACCUGUGGGGCCUCAGAUACUUGCGUAUAGAUGGUUGCCAAAAUCUGGUGUCUAUUUCAUUCCCUGGAUUAGGAGAACUUAUUUCUUUAAAGAGUUUGGAAAUAUGUAGCUGUCGAAAACUUUUCUCGUCAAAUUUUAUGCCAAAGCAUACCCGUGAAGAUGUGACAGCUGCAAAUUGUAAUUUCCUCCCAUCUCUUGUCACUCUCAGAAUUAAGUGCUGUGGAAUAGCAGGAAAGUGGCUAUCUUUGAUGCUGGGAUAUAUGCAGGCCCUGGCGGAAUUAUAUUUAGAAGACUGCCUGGAGAUAACACAGAUGGUGAUAGAAGAGGAAGAAAACAUUCAACCUUAUGGUGUCUCAGUUCCAGUGGAUUCAUCAUCAGGAGGUCCAGAAGACACAUUGCUGACAAGCUCAGUUCAGGAUGGAAUCUUCUGCCUUCCUCUAAAUCUUAUGUCCUCUCUCAAGAAGAUAUCGAUCCGGGAAUGCCCUCAUCUAGUAUUUCGCGGAAACCACAAAGACUUGUCUAGAUUUACCUGCCUUGAGAAGCUUACAGUUUGGGGAUGUCCAAGGCUGCUCUCAUCUUUGGUUGACAGAGAUGGAAAUGAUGAUGAGAUGAAUGGAAGAUGGCUCCUGCCGAAAUCACUGGAAGAACUCGAGAUCCGUGGUGAUUCACCAGACAUGCUGCAGCCCUGUUUUCCGGGGAAUCUAACCUGCCUCAGAAAACUACAAGUGUGGUUCAGCCCAAGUCUGAGAUAUCUACAGCUGCGUAACUGCACAACACUGGAAGAUUUGAUAAUUGGAAACUGUAGAUCACUUGCUGCAGUAGAGGGCUUGCAAAUCCUUUGCAGCCUCAGGUAUUCCAAAUUAUUCAAAUCCCCUGGCGUGCUUCCAUGUUUGGAGAAUCUGUCAAGGCUGGGCUAUGCUUUAUUCCCUGGACUAGAACGGCUUGUGGUCGAUGACCCCUCUGUCUUUACCAUGUCAGUCUGCAAGCAACUCACCUCCCUCCAACACCUAGAGCUUGAAAAUUGGGAAUUUGUAACGAGACUAACAGAGGAGCAAGAGAGAGGGCUUCAGCUCCUGAAAUCCUUGCAAGAACUUGAAUUCCGGGAUUGCAGUUAUGAUCUCAAAUAUCUCCCCGCAGCGUUGCACAGCCUUCCUUCACUCAAGAGAUUGAAGAUCAAUGGUUGUUUAGGAAUCACAAGGCUGCCCGAACAGGGCCUUCCACUCUCACUGCAAGAACUGGAUAUCAGUAAUUGCAGCAAGGUGUUUAAUGAUUACUGCAAGUCUCUAGAAACAGGGAAGCUAAAGGUCAAAAUUGUUGGAAACACACAAACUGCUUAAUGAUUGGCAUGUCAAGGACAUAUCUUACCAGUGCUUUCUAAGUUAUUUUACCCUUAAUCAUGUUAUUAUCUUGAGAGUUGACACACCAUGGUGGCUGGAGGGAUGGACCUGGACCGUCUUCAGGAUGAGGGCACCCCUGUGUUUCCUGGAUCACAAGUUUGUGCUUGCAGACCGUAGCCUAGAUCAUGUGUUUCUUCCUUCCAUUAGAGAUGUCUUUUUUAUUUUAUUUUAGAACAAACAUUUGUCAGCACAUUAACUGGAAAAUACCGAUUUGUUCUUGGCAAAUUUCAUUUUAUUUCAGAACCA